AUGGCCGCCGCCACCCAGGAGUGCGCCUCCUGCUUUGACACCGCGCCGCUCUCUCCGCUCUGCGCGUCGUCCGCCCACGGCUUGUGCGCCGAGUGCUGCUGGCGGUGUUGCGAGUCGUCUCUCGGCGAGGGCCUCGUGCCAGCGUGUCCAUUCAAGGACCAGAAAUGCGGCGCGGUGAGCAAGCGUAGGGCAUUGACGGCGCUCGACGCCGCUCAGCUGCCUCCGAGCCAGCGCGAGACCUUCGCAUCCAAGCUCGACGAAGUCUACCUGGGCGCCGAGCGCGCGCGGCGAGGCGCGGUCCAGUGCAUCGGCAAGGGCUGCGAGGAGUGGUACGUCCCUCCCGUGCCGCACUCGGACCGGCCGCAGCGCCUCGAGUGCUCCAGGCGCGCAUGCGGCGCCGUCUUCUGCAGCGCCUGCCGCCAGCCCUUCCACGUGCGGUCGACGUGCGCCGAGGCGCUCCGGCUGAGCGCGCGCUGGGUCCGCUUCCUGCAGGACGAGCUCGCCCCCUUCCUGCAGGCAGCGGUGCGGCUCGACGGAGAGCGGUGGAGCCCGGCGCUUGCGGCGCACGCGCAGGCCAAGGGCUCGCUCGACGACGCGACGCGCGACGCGCUCUCUCGCUUCGACGAGCUGCGCAGGAUGGAGCUGUGGAAGCAGGCGCACUGCAAGCGCUGCCCGCACUGCCGCCGCGUCGUCGAAAAGAUGGAGGGGUGCGACAUGCUCGUCUGCGGCAGCGACGCGCACGGCGGCAACCAGCAGCGGGGCUGCGGCAAGCCGUUUGUCUGGUGUGAGGGCCAGCCCAACUCUGCGCUCAAGUACGAGGCCGACCUGCGCGGCGCCGCAGACUACGCGGCGGAGGAGGACGGCGGCGGAGGAGCCGCCGGGGGCGGCGGCGGAGGGGAGGGCGGCGGCGGAGGGGAGGGCGGCGCACUGCGCGAGCGGCGGCUGAGGCGCGACGCGAGAGAGGAGCACCAGGUGCGGCCGGGCGUCGCGGUGCGCUGCAGCGGCUGCGACGAUCCCGUCGUGGGCCCGCGGCUGCAGUGCGUGCAGUGCGAGGUGCCAGUGGAGCUGUGCGUCAAGUGCGUCGCGUGGGCGGGUGGAGGCAGCCGCAGGCUGCAGCUGCACGAUGGUCGCACCCACCCGCGGCAGCACAUCUUCCGCCGGGUGCGCCCUAUCAUGAGCCACGGGGGCGCCUCCUCGGCCCUCGCGCCCGGCGAGGACCUCGUCGAGGUGACCGCCGCAAACGCAAGCUUGCGGCCGGGGCUCGGGACGGCGGCGUCCGCCGCCGCCGCCGCCGCCGCCGCGCGAGCCUGCGCAUCUGCGGCAUCUGCGGCGGCGGCAAGGGUGGCGCUGCCGCCGACGCAGCUGCAGCCGACGGCGAGGGCUGCGGCUGCGUCGGCGGGAGCCGCUCCCAGCGGCCGCAAGCGCCCCGCGCUGGCGGCGCCGGCGCCGGCAUCGGCUGCGCGCGCCAGAGCCUCGCCCGCCGGUUUGGGGCGGGGCGGCGGAGGGGCGGCGGCGUCGGCGACGGACCCGAUCGAGCUGAGCAGCGACGAGGAUCAGCCGGCGGGGCAGCGGGAGGAAGGCACCGCGCCGGCGGCGGGGAGGAGGGCGGGGGCGGGCGGAGCAGCCGCCGGGCGAGCGCCGAGCUCUGCCGAGGUCAUCGACUUGGACGAAGAGUGA